ACUCGCCGUUGAAAGAGGAAGGAUGCGCUCGAUUUAUAAACAUUGAUAAACCGGGUAUAUUCGAUUAUUUUUUUGAAAAAAAAAAUGUAAAAGUAAAAAUUAUUUGUUAUGAAAUUGGAUUAAGUAUACAAAUACAGUUAUAUGCUAUAGGCGAACACCGUGAACUGAUUUUGGAUUUUUUUGUGUGCUGUAAUAAGAGGGAGUUUAAAAAUAACAACUUUUGUAGUGACUUUAAUUAUUUAUCUUUAUGUUUGAACCAGGCGGAAUACCACAAACAUUAAGUGAAUGGAACUUUUAAGUGAAUGUGGUUGAAUGUGUCUAAGUUUAAAUCUAUAUUUGUGUUUUGUGAUUUAUAUAGCAACACAGGAGUACUUGCAAUUAAUAAUAAAUGAGGUUUCUGAACAAAUACAUGAAAAAGCGUUACCUUGGGGACACGAAAUGGCGAGUGCAUGAGUAUCUAUUGUUGUUUGGAUUUUUAUAAACUACACUCUUGAUUAUUGAGACUAGAAGUUUUCUGUAAUAAAAGGAAAAUAUUGUGGACGGAUAAUUAAAAUGAUAACAUCUUCAUGACUUAGUGCGUUGUGUGUUAAAACGUUAAAGUGAAUUAGAUCCCAAUUUCGACUCAGAUAUUAGAAGCCGUACUUUUAGAUGUAAUGUUUAAUUUUGAGAUGAUUGGAGUAAAAUAUGGGUAAAUUUAAGUACAAAGCGAAUCUAAACGUCAUUUUACCAUUAAGCGAUCUUUGAUAUUUAUUUUGAUCUACAAGCGACUGUGAUAACAAUAAACAUGGACAAAAUGACAACGUGGAAGGUUGUGCUGGUUUUGGUGGUGCUGAUUAUUGUGGAUUUACCUGCAACAACAGCAGCCUUGGAUUUGGAAAAAUGCAAGCAGCAGCUGGGUAUGGAAGCCAACACCAUUCCCGACGACGCCAUCACUGCCAGCUCAACUCAUAACCACAAAUUCGUCGGCCCACAACAUGCAAGGAUCCGACAGGACGAGCUCGGCGGUGCGUGGUGUCCUAAAAACUAUGUGGACAAGGACAGCUAUGAGUACCUGCAGAUUGACCUCCGUCAGCUGAUGGUCAUCACCAGCGUAGAAGUGCAGGGACGAUUUGGGAACGGACAGGGUCUUGAGUUUACUGAGGAGUUUCUACUCGAGUAUCAGCGGCAAGAUGGCGGCGAGUGGAUCCGGUUCCGGAACAAACAGGGCGAGGAGAAAUUUGAGGGAAACGAGAACCCGUACCUGGAGGUAAUUCGGGAGGUUUCGCCCCCAAUCAUCGGGCGUCGCAUCCGGUUCAUCCCAUUUUCACAGCGACAGCGAAGUGUCUGUAUGCGGGUCGAAAUGUACGGGUGUCCGUGGACAGAUGGCAUUGUGUCGUACGCAAUGCGACAGGGCGACACCAGGGGGUCGGAGAACAACUUUUUUGACUUCACCUACGACGGGACACGGGAUCCCGACGACACAUUCCUGUCCCGUGGGCUUGGGCAGCUUACCGACGGCGAGAAAGGAGACGCCAACUUCCGGUUGGCUUCCGAGGACACAAAUAUCAAGGGCUACGAGUGGGUGGGGUGGAGGAACGACUCAACGGCGGGAGCUGCACCAGUCGAACUCAUCUUCAUGUUCGAGACCCCUCGGAACUUUUCUUCUGUUACUAUAAAUAGCAACAACUAUUUCUCCAAGAACAUUCGCGUCUUCAACCAGGCGAAGAUAUAUUUCAGUAUUGGCGGGAAAUUCUAUCCGAAUACCCCUGUUGUUUAUGACUAUAUUCGGGAUACGGCGUUCGAGACGAGUAGAGAUGUGGAGAUUGACUUACAAUACAAUGUGGGCAAAUUUGUGAAGAUCAUGCUCUAUUAUGACGUGAAAUGGAUUAUGAUUAGUGAGGUAGAGUUUGGUUCAGUACCAGCUGAAGGUAAUUUCUCGGUCGAACUUUCUUCCCCAACGGCUUUGCCGAGCCCCGAGCCGACAGAGGGCAUCAAACACACGAUGAACGACGAUCAGAGUAUACCUAAUGUGGAUGUACAGUCCGCCGACCCAGGUCUUUACCAAGAUUCCGGGGAAACCGACACCAUCUCAAAGACGCCUGGCGAGAAAGCGUCUGCCAACGAGGACUACAUCAGCAUAAUCAUCGGGGCGCUUGCAGCGCUUAUAGUGAUACUGACAAUUGUCGUAAUAUUUAUUAUCGUGCGAUACAAAAGACGCCGAAACUUGAACAGACAGAGUUUAAAACCCGUGUCAGACACUGUGUUGAACAUAAAUCUGAAUAACUUUCAAAAUAACAUGAACAACGGGAAGGUCUCCAAUGGAAACGUGUACAAUGGCGUAGCCACUGAGGACGAAGAACGGGUGAAAGACGUUAAUGGGAAAGCCGUCGGUGUCAAUUCUUACUUCUACGAGGAACUUGACGACUUCAAACCACCUUUAAUUGUAGCUCUUCCGCCUGUGACGUCACCACUGACGCCCAUAACUACGUCACAACAUUCCUCAAUCAAAUCCAAACAGCAGAACAACAGCUUGAACGCUCUGGAUAAACCUCCGAACUAUGACGCGCUAUACGCUGCGUGUGACGUCAUCAGUUCAUGUGUACCCAACAUUCCUAGCCUACAGGGCGUCAGCGGAAACAACGUUUACGCUGUGCCAAAUUCCGACAUUCUAGUCAGCAGCGUGGACUGCGCCCUCGUGGAGUUUCCCCGCCGGAAUCUCAGAUUUGUUGAGGUCCUGGGUGAGGGAGAGUUUGGUGAGGUUCACCUAUGCGAGGCGUUCGGUCUCCAGGAUCCGGUGGGCGGAGAGUAUAUGAUGGCGCGCCGGAAGUCGGGACCCGUCCUCGUGUCCGUCAAGAUCCUGAGGAAGAAUGCAGAGGACAGGGCCAGGUCCGCAAAGUCUGAUUUCCACCGUGAGAUGAAGGUCAUGUCUAUGCUGAAGGACCCUAACAUUGUCCGCGUGCUGGGUGUAUGUACAACCGAGGAGCCCUUGUGUAUGAUCGUAGAAUACAUGAAAUAUGGGGACCUCAACCAAUUCCUACUUGAACACGUCCCCGAAACCCAAAUACCGACCCCUAAUGCCAAAGUACUAAGCUACGGAUGCCUGGUCUACAUGGCAUCGCAGAUUGCAUCGGGUAUGAAGUAUCUAGAAUCCUUAAACAUGGUGCACCGUGACCUUGCCACUCGAAACUGCCUGGUUGGCUCCUACUGUACAAUCAAGAUCUCUGACUUUGGGAUGAGUAGAAGCCUAUACAGCGCAGAUUACUACAGGAUCGAGGGUCGGGCUGUUUUGCCCAUUCGUUGGAUGGGAUGGGAGUCAAUCCUAUUGGGCAAGUUUACAACUAAAAGUGAUGUUUGGUCGUUCGCGGUGACUUUGUGGGAAAUUCUUACCUUUGCUAGAGAGCAGCCGUUCGAGGGACUGACGGACGAGGAAGUGAUUUCAAAUGCCGGACAUUAUUACAGAAAUGACAAUGAACAUGUCGUGCUCUCCCAUCCUCCAAACUGUCCCAAGGAGAUAUACGAUUUGAUGUGUGAAUGUUGGAAUAGACAAGAAAGCGAGAGGCCGUCGUUCAGAGAAAUAAACAUGUUCCUGUGUAGAAAAAAUAUGGGCUUCGACCCGCGUCAUGACAAUUUAGACCAUGUUAGUUAAGGAAUCAGCCGUAGAAUAUUCUAUGUUUAUCAAUAUAUUGGAUUUGACCCGCUUACAAUAAGACCAUGUUAAGUAUCACUAUUAGAAUGUAAGAGGGUGCUUUUCUGUGUUUUAUCUAUAUGGUUGUAGCUGUAGUUGGAAAUGUGUACUGCACGAACUAGCAAUAUUCAUUUGUAUAAAUAUGACUAUAACUGAGUUUUCUGGCUCAAUGCCCAUCAGUUAUUGACUCAUCAAUGAAGACAUUGUUCUUAGCAAACCUUUCAGAUGCAUUUAACAUAGCUUUCAAAUACGCGAUAUCAUUUUAUAUCACUGGUACUUUUGCAAUUAUGUAGAUUAACACAAAAGUGACAAAAAUACUGAUAAGAUAAGAUAAGAUAAAUAGUGUGUAUGGUAUCAGCAUUGAUGACCUACGCAAAUCUUGAUGUUAUAUGUACACUUAAUGUUCUGUGGAAAUGUAUGUGAAGCAUCAUUAAGCAUCUUAGUAACAAUUUUUACCUUAGUGAAAAAUAACCAUUUUCUUUUUUGAAUUUUAAGAAAACAAUGUACGUACACCAAAAAUAUAUAAAUAAGCAAGAAAGUGGUCUUAAUAAUAUAUCCAUAUAAAUAAAUCGGAAGAAAAGUAGCAGGUAUUGAAAAUUAAUAUUGUUAAAAAAUACGAAAUUAUCUCUAAGUUGAAAAUAUUCACUAAGAUGCUUAUUGAAUACGGCACCAGAAACAUAUAUCCAUUGUGUAUUGUUAAAAAAAGAACAGAGGCAAUAUUCAUAAAACUUAAUACUUCUGAAGACAUUUAACUAAAGACAUUUUCUGAAGUAAAGUAUCUCACUUUUUAUAUGAUUUAAUCGCUUCAUAAUAAUUGAAAUCCUUAUUUCCAUUGAUUUGAUUGAAGAUAUAUAAUCUAAUGUUAAGAACAACACUUAUUUUCCUCUUUUAAUUUGACAAUGUAAAUCUUAGGAAAUUCACUUAAGUCAAGAAAUGGCGUAAAUUGUUUUAUUAUUACCGGCACUGGGCCCUGACUUGAACUUCUACUACUUAGUUGACGCAUCUAAACAUAUGAAUUAUUUUCUUUUGAAAGUGCUGGAAUUUCGCCAGUGGUUGUUAGAUAAAGGUGUUAUUUUCUGUAAAGGAAGACCCUUUCAUUGAUGUAAAUGUUUUGUAAAAUAAUUGUAAAUAUGUUAUUUAUGAAAUAUUGUUUAGCUUUUUCAGCUGUACUGUAAAAUACGUGAUGGAUUAAAUAAUAUAAGUAUUUAAAAUUAACAUGGCGAAUAAAAUGAUGAUUUAACUAAACGACUUGUACGACAUGUUAGUGGGUUUUUUUCCUGUUAGAAACAUAACAUUCUCUGUUUAAACUCAAUAAAAUAUGUCAAUGACAAAUACUCGAAAAAUACGUUACUUUGUUAUGUAAGCUACGUUACUUUGACCUGUAAGAUACGGUACAUUUUAAAAUGUGCCAAACUCUGAUCUUCAUGAUUUUGCCAAAAGCUCAAGAACAGGUUUUUUCGGAUAUUGAAUUAUAUAAAUGUGAUAUAUGUUUUGUUGAAAACAAAAAAAAACUAUUUGUAUAUAUUGUCGUGUCUAAUCAGUUAAGUCUGUUUACUGAUUAAAAAUAGAAAAAAUAUCUUUAUUUGAAAGUGGAAUAUUACAGCUCUGUUGAAGGUUGAAUCAUUCGUCAAUCUUAAGAUAAAUUGUUUAUUUUAUAACACAUUCACUUGAGAUUAAAAAAUAUCGAAAGUAAUUUUUGCUGUGUAAUAACAAAUAACAGUCUGUCAAUCCGAAUAUAUUUUAUCCGUACAUAUUUCGUAUGUGUAUGUGAACUGUAGAUGUCACACAGUGAUAGUUCUAGGUGUUUAAUGUUGUCAUUUAGUCCUUGUACCUAAAUACUAAACAGGUUGUGACCCCUUUCCAAGUAAACGAAGCAUGUUUGUGUUGAAUGGAUGGGGAAAUUUAUUUCAUUUUAAGGUCAUUCUCAAAACAUGUUUAAAAGUUUGAUGAACCCGAUCGACAAUAUUUUUUAAAUAGGUCAGUAGGUCAGAAGUUAUUUUUUAUGACUGAGUGAUUUAUCAUCAAACCAAAUCCAAACCACUGCAAUUUGUUGCCUCAUCUUGUGGAUAAAAAUGAGUCGGGAAUUUUGCAGCGUCGGUCUUGUUUCAUUCACACAUACAUUGUGCUUAGGAUGGACUAUUUUUUUUUAAUCCAAGAUUACAUUAAAUAUGGAUGGAUGAACAUUUUGAGGAUAACUACUGAUUACUUGAAUUCGUCCAACAGUUCGAUUGCUUAUUUAUUUAUUCGGACUUAAGAAUAAAUUGUGUGUUUGUCGGUGGUUAUUUUUUUUGUAAUUUGGUAAGCUAAAAAUCAUUUAUGUUAAAUGAUCAGUAACUUAACCAUUGUUUUCGCACUUACGCACCAUGUUAAAAUAUUUAUUUUGUUUACUUAAUGUUAUUUUUUAUAAUUGUCACGGACGCUAUAUCGCUAUGUUGAAUUGUCUAUUAUAUCGCUUGUUUAUUUUUAAACAAUUUACCAAUUUCAGUACUUAAAAUUUGUUAUGCGCUCAUUUUCAGCUAGAAUUUCUGUUACAUAAGUUGUAUUUAAGGUUUAACACACCGUCGAUUAUUUCAUUUACAUUCACUUUUCUUUUUUAAAACAUACUUGGUCGAUUUUUCAUAACAUUGUUAAAGCUGCACUUCUCCCAGCUAUACCGUUUUUACAACUUUUUUUAUUUUUUGUCUUGGAAAGAGCAAAUAUUUGCGUAAAUAUGUGCAAACCAAUGAUAAAAGAUUGCUGACAAAAGAUCAGAUCGCAGAUGUUCACAUUUCCGUUCGAAAAAUUAAUGUUUAAUGGCUUAAACCGUUACUAACGUUUUAGGAAAGAAAUCAUAAAACUUACUUUUUUGAACUUAAUUAUAAAGAUCUGCGAUCUAAAUUUUUGUCAGCAGUCUUAUAUAACUGGUUUCCAUGCGUUUCCGCCAAAAUUGGCUCGUUCCAAAAAAUAAAAAAAGUUGUCAAAACGUUCAAUCUGUGAGAGUGCAUCUUUAAAGUUAACCUCGCUGUUAACGUCAUUGUUGUUUACUCGAAAACACUUCUGAUCUGCAGUUAUUUCUCACAAGAUGAGCAAACUGUUUAAGUCACAAGCGGCUCCAGGGGGGUGGGGCGUACCCAGCGCGCGCCUUUCCCCCUUAAAUCGCAAAAGUUUACCUUUUAUGUUAAUAUCUGAAAACAUAUAAUAAAACACGCUUAAAAUGCACCAUUUCGGACUCCCACCAUUCUAAACCAAACCUAUUUUGGUUGUGAGGGGGUUGCAAAAGUCAAAAGGUUACGCCCCUAAGUUACACCCACUCUAACGUCAAAUCCUAGAUCCGCCAAUGUUAAUUGUUCAUAUUAAGUGCAAAUAUAUAAGCACACCAUAGAAUAUUUCAACUCUUACAGGUAACAACCAUGAUGUAAACUACGUUGUUCACUUUAGCGACGUUCUGAACCAUCGGACCAUUAUGUGAGUCAAUAGGAAAAUGUUAGGACUGUUAAUGUGAAUGUGCUAGACUCGCUGUUUUAUUGUAAACACAUUCUUGUACAGGACUGGUGUAAAACAUCGUCGUUUUGUCAAGCUGUGUGACAAUGUAGACAUAUUACUCAUUCUCUGAGCGUACGUAUACUUGCUGGCUACAAGGAACUGUCUUAUAUAAAAAUAGACCUUAAUAAGAUAUUAAUAUGCUGCCAAACUGAUACCGUGCAUAGAUUUUGAAUUUUUGAAUCAUUUAUGAUCAAUCGUAUUUCCGUUUAAUUCAGUUCCAGUUGGUGAACUUUUUAUUUUGUAAUAUUAAAAAUGCACCAUAAAGUUUAAAAUUUGAAGUAUUAGGCUAUGGGAAAACUGCAAAUUAAGUUACAGCCGCUUUGAUGGACUUUAUUAGUAAUGUGAGUUUAUUAAGGUCAUUUCAUAUAUCUUAUUAAAACUAUGAAAUAUAAUGUAAUAUGAAGGCCGUACGUAUAUCAGACGGUGUUUAAUGUGUCCCGUGUCACACUAUUGACGGUUGUUAGCAAGUUGUUACUCAGUUAGAGUUUAUUCUUGACACUGUAUGAUAGUAUAUAUGUGAUUUCUCAUUACCGGAUAGUGCAAGUCCGUGUUAGUAUGUGUGUCAGUGUUCAACUGGCGAAUAUUUUCUAAAUAAAAUGUUGAAAAUACA